CAGCCGAAGCAGAUCAAUGAGAUCAAGGACUUCCUGCUCACAGCUAGGAGGAAAGAUGCCAGGUCAGUCAAGAUCAAGAAGACCGGGGAUGUGACCAAGUUCAAGGUCCGCUGCAGCCGCUACCUCUACACACUCUGCGUCACAGACUCAGACAAGGCAGACAAGCUCAAGCAGUCGCUGCCCCCAGGUGUGCCAGCCCCCCAGCUGUUGGCUUUGUCAAGAGCACUAGCCUAUUGUCAGUAG